GACAAUAUGGUAUUAUAUUGGGGACAAGGAGAUUUUGGUGAAAAAAGACUAUCUUUCUACUGUGAACAGGAAGGUGUUUCAAUGGUUAUUCUCAGUUUUGUUGUGGACUUUAUUGGAGGGCCUAGAAAAUCACCCGUCCUGAAUUUAUCUGAUAACUGUAACAAUGUUGAAAAUUGUGUUGAAGCAGCGCGUGACAUCAAAUUUUGUCAGAGCAAGGGCAUUAAAGUGUUAAUGUCUGUGGGUGGUGCGGCAGGUCCAUAUCAUAAGCAAUCUUGGGAUCCAGAUCUCUUUGCUUGGUGGAUGUGGAACAAGUUUUUAGGUGGUACUGAUAAAACCGUGGCAAGGCCAUUUGGUGAUAUAAUUCUUGAUGGUGUUGAUUAUGACCCAGAAUCUGUGGACGGUAUCGGUUACGAUCGUCAUAUUGACACGCUUCGUCAGUUAUUUAAAACACAAUACCCACCUCGCCAAUAUUUAAUUACAGCUGCACCACAAUGUCCAGAUUUGGAUUACUACCCGAAAAAUGCAGCUUACAAUAUCCUUCAUCCUGCGCCCAAAUAUGACUCAUACCCUGACAUGGUCUUUGUUCAAUUCUACAACAAUUAUUGUGCCGCUUCAAAUCAUAAGAACAAAAAGACGACCAACUUCAAUUUCGAUGUCUGGGAUCAAUGGUCUCAACAACGAACAAAGGGACGUACAAAGAUUUAUCUUGGUCUACUGGGUAAAGAAAAUCAUAUGGACACAGGCUAUGUAGGGUAUGAAAAAUUGACGGUUAUUCUGGAUGAUAUCCGUCGACAUAAAAGUUUCGGUGGCGUAAUGCUGUGGGAUGCAGGAUAUGCGUAUGCAAACCCAGUGCCAUACUUGAGAGGUCUAACGUAUGGUCAAGCCACGGUCAAAUACUUACAACAACUUACCAUCGGCCCUUCAAGAACAGCUGCUGCUUUUGAUAGCAUCAACUUGGCCUUCAAAAAUCACGGUGUACCCAUUUUGGUUCCUAUUAAUAUCAAUAGUACAGAUGUCAUCGGCCCUGAAGUGCCUUGUCCUGGCCAAUCGUUCCUCUUAUUACGUUCCGUAAGUGGUCGUGUUCUGGCUGAAAGCUUCGGUGCACCCCCAGACCUAGUUGAUCAGCAUCUUGAAAGUCUGGGCAUGGAUGGUGAUGAUCCAAUUAAUCCCGGUUCCCGUAUUUGUAUUAACCCACUCGGUGAUUCAGUGACUAUUGGUUUUGUCUAUAAUGCUACCUUUUCUGAUGAGCCUGAGUUACAAGACCUUUACCAAUUAGACUAA